UCGGCCUCACUAGAUUCUCAUGAGAGCGCUCACCUCACUCGCUAGCUGCUUCACUCUCCACUUCCUUCCCCUCCGCGCGAGAUCCAGCGUCCGCCUCAGCCUCCGCGACGCCGUCCACCUCCUUCUCCGUCGAGGUCUCCGCCGGCGGCCGGUCAGCGCCCCUCCUUUGGCUCGAUACGGCAGCGAUAUGAGCGGUCGGUUCUCAAGUCCAAGUCAAGAGUGCCCGUCCUCCAGAUCUGCUGCUGUACUAUGUAGUAGAUAGGUUGCUCUCUUUUACCAAGUAGAUCACCAACGCCAACUUCCACAAACAAGAGAGAUAACGUGUGCGGCCAAGCAUGGCCGCGGUCGUGACCGGAGCGAUGGGCACCCUCCUGCCCAAGCUCGCCAACCUGAUCACCAAGGAGUACAACCUGCACAAGGGUGUCAAAGGCGAGAUCAUGUUCCUCAAAGCUGAGAUGGAGCAUAUGGAGGCGGCUCUGGUUGAGAUCUCUGAGGCGCCAAUUGAUGAGCCGCCUGACAGGCAGAUCAAGCUUUGGGCCAAGGAUGUGAGGGACCUAUCAUACGACCUCGAAGAUAACAUUGACAAGUUCAUGGUGCACAUCGAAACCCAUGGACAGCCAGAGAAGUCGCACAGCUUCAGGGAUUUCAUUGAUAAGUGCCUCAGCCUGCUGACCAAGGGCAAGAUUCGGCACAAGAUCGGCAUCGAUAUCGAAGACAUCAAGAGACGCAUUGAGGAGAUCAGUGAGCGGCGUAAAAGGUACCAGAUUGACGGUAAGGCUCCUGCCAAGCCACGCGGUCCAACUGUUGACACCCUUCGCCUGUCAACCUUGUAUAAAAAGGCGACGGAGCUCGUUGGCAUUGACGAGAAGAGCUUUGAGGUAGUCGAGAUGUUGACACAGGGAGACGAGGUUUCCAAGAAACAGCUCAAGGUGGUCUCUAUUGUUGGAUUUGGUGGAUUAGGCAAGACAACCCUUGCCAAUGCAGUGUAUAAGAAGAUGAAAGGACAAGUCAAUAUUCAAACACAAAAACCGCAAUUUGAUUGUGCGGCUUUUAUUUCAGUAUCUCUUAAUCCUAACAUGAAGCAGAUUUUCAAGAGCUUGCUCCAUCAACUUGACAAGCACACGGACCAGAAUAUUAAUGAGGCAUCUUGGGGUGAAGAACAGCUCAUUAGUGAGAUAAGAACAUUCCUUGAAAACAAGAGGUACUUGAUUGUUAUUGAUGACAUAUGGGAUAAAUCUGUCUGGGAAAAUAUCAAAUAUGCUUUGCCUGAAAAUGAAUAUGGAAGUAAAAUAAUCACAACAACUCGCAUUCUUGAUGUUGCCCAGCAAGCUGGUGGUUUAUAUCGUCUGCAACCUCUUUCUGUUGUUCAGUCAAGGAAGUUAUUCUACCAAAGAAUAUAUGGCACUGAAAAUAAAACAACACCCGCUCAAUUGGUUGAAGUAUCUGAGAACAUUCUGAAAAGAUGUGGUGGGGUGCCUUUAGCUAUCCUUACAAUUGCUAGUUUGCUGUCCAGUAAAAUGGAAAGAGCACAUACACAUGAGUAUUGGUCCAAGGUGCAUAAAUCUAUGGGUUCAGGGCUAGAUAAUAGUCAUGAUGAUGUGAAGAACAUGAGACAGAUAUUAUCAGUCAGUUACUCUGAUCUACCUCCACACCUAAAGACUUGUUUACUGCAUCUUAGUGUGUAUCCAGAGGAUUAUGAGAUUAAAACAGAAGAACUGAUAUGGAAAUGGGUGGGUGAAGGUUUUGUGAAAAAAGAACAGGGGAAGAGCUCGUAUGAAGUAGGAGAGGCUUACUUGGACCAACUCAUUAAUAAAAGCUUGGUCCAACCUGAAAGAUUUGACAAUGAGAACAAAGUGCGCUCUUGUUGUGUUCACGAUAUGGUGCGUGACCUUAUCAUUUCCUUAUCAAAUGAGGAGAAUUUCCUAACUAUAGUUGGUGGUCAGCAGCCAGUGUAUCUACCAAGUAAGAUCCGCCGACUGUCCAUCGAGACCUGCAUUGAAGAAGUUGCUAAUCAGCUGACAACCACGGGCUUGGCCCAUGUGAGGUCACUUACUGUGUCUAGCCUAGCUUUCAGUUUGUUGCCAGCGCUUUCGUGUUUUCCAGUCCUACGCGUGUUGGAUUUAACUGGAUGCGAUAAAGUGGAUAAUAAUCAUUGGAAGGAUCUAUGCAGUUUGUUUCACCUGAGAUAUCUGCGUUUAAAGGGUACAUCUAUCACUAAGAUCCCGAAAGCUAUUAGGAAUCUAAAAUUUAUGCAAGUGCUGGACAUAUGGCCCACAAUAAUAGAAGAAGAGCUUCCGUCAACAUUUGUUCAACUAACGCAACUGUUGUUCCUAAGUAUUACAAUGAAAACACUAGGAGAGCAGGAUCUUCAAGUCCUUUGGAGCAUACCAUCUCUCAGAGAACUCUACAUAAUGGUGAAGGAACCUAAACACAGAAGAGGUAAACGGUUGGUCAUUGACAGUGGUUACCCAUUUCUGUGUCUAACGAGCUUCUGUGUCAAUGGUGACACCAUGAUGCUGAGGUUUGAAGAAGGAGCCAUGCGAAGUCUCCAAACUCUGCAGUUACAUUUCUAUGUGCAUCGCACAGUACGUCAGUUUGGUGAUUUCAUAUUGGGUUUAGAGAACCUCUCUUCACUUGAGCAUAUUGAUGUUACAGUCUUUGAUGAGCACAAAGAGAUGCAGACUAUGAAGAAUGCAUUCGAGGAAGAGAUAAGAUUGAACCAGAACAAGCCCAAACCGACAUUGAGAAUAUUGGAACUUGGCUACGAAGUUGUGAGAAAAAUUCAGGCUAAAGACCAAGUGAUUAGGGCAGCUUAUAAAUUCAAAGAGGCGGCUGAAGGUCUACGGGGCUGAGAGCUAGUUGUCGAAGCUUUAAUAAACACACUACCACAAGAAAACGAAGCCACCGACCGUGAGGUCACGUCUGGGCUCAGUCCAAGGAGCUAGUCUGCCUGCUUGCUGUUCGUACAAAUAAAUUGAAUUCUAUCUGGCUAGUCAUGUGGGCGCGAUAUGCCCUAAACAAUUAUAUUUCAUGGCGAUCGUGCUUUCUUGGAUAAUAUAUUUGUUGUUUUUGUUACACGAAGAAUGCCGUCAACAUUUGCUACCAAGUAUGUGAAUGUAAAUCUUGUAUUUAUCUA